AUGCAAAUCAGACAGCUACUCAUCCGGGGGUACCUGGGCCUGGUCCUGCUCCUGGUCCUGUUUGCCAUCGACUGCCAGGCCAAGCGUAAGGGCAAGCGAUUACACGGCCUGUCCCCAGCCCAAAUGCUCAAGGAAUACGACCUGCCAGCUCUCAACGAUAGCUCCCAGGAGCUGUCGCAGAGCAUUGUCUCCUGGACAGGAGCGCGCAUCCAGCAGAAGAGCCAGAAGAAGCAAUCGACGCAGUCGACGCAAUCAAUGCGGCGGCGGAAAACCAAGAGUGGCCUCCUCAUAGAAAGUAACAUUUCGGAGGAGGAGUCAACUUCAACGGUGACUUCAUCAUCCCCAUACUCGUCGGAGUCCCUCGCCAAGAAAAAAUCAUCGCAGCGUCGCCGCAACGGGCGAUUGCAGAGACCAGGGGGAACCGGCAGGCCGAAUGCCAAUGUCCUCCGUUUGCUCAACAGCCAGCAGGCCGAUGACGAAUCCGCUGGCGUCGGAUCAUUGUCCAGUUCGGGAGGCCUCUAUCCGCCGCUCUUCAAUGUGGCACCACGGGCCUCGAUCACAGUGAAUGCCACGUGUGGGCAGAACGGGGCCGAGGAGUACUGCAAGCUGGUCGACGCCUAUCCCCACCGGAACUGGGCCAAGCAGUGCGGCACCUGCAAUGGCCACUCCUCGGAUCGCGCCAAGCAGCGACCCAUCGAGUCGCUAAUCUCGCCCGGAUCCGGCUUCGAGGAGAUCUGGUGGCAGUCCCCGACGCUUCAGGGUGGCCGACACUUCGAGUAUGUGACCAUCACAUUGGAUCUCAAGCAGACCUAUCAAGUCUUCUUUGUGAUGCUCAAGUCGGCGAAUUCGCCCCGACCAGCCUCGUGGAUACUCGAAAAGUCCCUGGAUGGCGUCGACUAUGAGCCCUGGCAGUACUUUGGCCUGAGUGAUGCGGACUGCAGGCGUCGCUGGAGUCUAUCCGGACAGAACGGCAAAUACGUUUUCCAGAACGACACCGAGGUCAUAUGUUCCACGCAGUUCUCGAAGCCUCUGCCCCUGGAGAACGGAGAGCUGCAUGUGUCCCUCCUGAAGAAUCGUCCGGGGGCCAUGGACCAGAGCCCAGAGCUCAUGCAGUUCAUUACCGCUCGCUACAUGAGGAUUCGUCUGCAGGGAAUGCACUCCACCGCGAAUCUGGACAACAGCGUGGACUGGCUGCUCGACUCGCCGUCGCUGGAAAAGCGCAGCUUCUACUCCCUCAAGCAGCUACGGGUGAGUGCCCGACUGGACUGCCACGGACACUCGGAUCGAACGCAGGAGGCGCCGGGUAGCCCGGUGGUGCAGUGCGUCUGCCAACACAAUGCCUGUGGAGUCCAGUGCGAGGAAUGCUGCCCCCUUUUCCAGGAUCGACCCUACCGACUGAGCGAAGAGUGCGAGAUCUGCCAGUGCCACGGCCACGCGGAAAGCUGCUCAUACGACCCCUUCCUGGACAAGGGCAUCUGCCAGGGCUGUGCGAACCACACGGCCGGCAAUGAGUGUGAGUUCUGCGAGAGCGGAUACUACAGGGAACUGGGCUCUGGCCUCACGGAACCAUGUGUGGCGUGCAGCUGCGAUCCCAUCCGUUCCACCGGCAGCUGUCAUCCCGAGGGCGGCCGCUGCAAUUGCCUGGAGGGCUUCCAGGGCAACCAGUGCCAGGAGUGCGCUCCCGGCUACUACGGAGAGGAGUGCAAGCCGUGCGAGUGUGAUGAGAGGGGAACCCUCUCCUCCGACGGCUCCUGCUCCGGCAAAUGUCAGUGCAAGCUCAAUGUGGAGGGGGAGACCUGCUCCGAGUGCGCUCCCGGGUACUUUGAUUUGAGCGAUCGGAACCCACUCGGCUGCUCCAGCUGCUGGUGCUCCGGUGUCUCCGAUACCUGUCACAGUGCCAAGCUGCAGACACUGGCCUUCGAGACCCUCAACGAUUGGAAGCUCACGGACAUACAGAGGAAGCUGUGGUUUCCAAUAUCGGUCGAUGCGGAGAAGGGCCUGACCUUUGGCAAUGAACCGGACGAACUGGAGGCCAUCUACUGGCAGGCACCCUUGGGAUACUUGGGCAAUCGAUUGACCAGCUACGGGGCCAGACUCCAGCUACUGCUCUCGUGGGUUGUGAUGCGGGGCGACACCUCGGGAAAGUCCUCGACGGGUCCCAAUGUGAUCUUGUGCGGCAAAAACGGACUGAAGAUUGGCUAUGCCGAUGACUCCUUCGUGGGCCUGGAGGCCAGCCUGAAUGUGACCCUAACGGAGGAGGGCUGGUACCAUGUGCCGCCCGCCAUCAAAGACAUCAAGACCAGAUUAAGGCGAACCGAGGGAGGGGAAUAUCAUGGGGAGGCGGUGACCCGGUCCCAGUUCCUCUCGGUUCUCGUUUCCCUUGACGCCAUGCUCAUCCGCGCCGCCUUCCACACCGACCAGGUGGAGACCUCGCUUGUGCGGGCUGUCAUCUACUCCGGCGGCGUGGAGCUCGGUGCCCAGGCUUCUACGCAGGUAGAGCAGUGCCUGUGUCCUGCCGGCUACACGGGACUCUCCUGCGAGGGCUGUGCCUUCGGCUAUAAACGUAUCUACGAGAACUCCACUGAGCACCAGCUGAUGAGCAAGUGCAUCCCCUGUCCAUGCAACGGCCACUCGAACUCCUGCGACCUGCAGAGCGGAAACUGCGGCGAUUGCAUGCACAACACAUUUGGCGAACGCUGUGAGCGUUGCCAGCUUGGAUUUUACGGGAACCCCCUCCAGGGAACGCCUCACGACUGCAAACGUUGUGCUUGUCCGUUGCCCGAGGACUCGAACAACUUCUCGCCCAGCUGCCAGCUGAAGAGCUACAACUACAUGGAUCUGAAUCCGCAGUUCGAGCUGAUCGAGCACGCCGAAUACAUUUGCACGCAGUGCCCAGAAGGGUUCACCGGCGACCACUGCCAGGUGUGCGACGACGGGUACUUUGGGGAUCCCCUUCAGAUAGGCAGCAGCUGCCAGCGCUGCGACUGCGCCGGCGGACCGUGCAACGUGACCACCGGCGCCUGCAUUACCUGCAAGGGCAACACUGAGGGCUGGCACUGUGAGCGCUGCAAGUUGGGCUACUGGGGAGAUCCUGCCGUCGGAUGCGAGCCCUGCCUCUGCCAUGCCGAAGGAUCGGAGAGUGGUCUGUGCGAUAGCACGGAUGGCCAGUGCCUGUGCAAGCCCCGAUUCGCCGGACAGAAGUGCGACGAUUGCGAUACGGGCUUUGCCCAUGUGGACCUCCGCUGUCCGCCCUGCAGCUGCGAUCCCCUGGGCACUGCUGUCCCUGACACGUGCGACCCACGGACGGGUCAAUGCCAGUGCAAGGUGGGCGUCAUUGGUGUCAAGUGCCACGAGUGCCAGGAUGGAUUCUUUGGCAUGAACGUAGAUGCCCAGCAGCUGGAGGAUCUGGCUGCCCUGCGACUGGCGCAAGACGAUGCCGACUGGGAGCUGGUCGCAGAGACCGACGAUCCAGCAGACGACUCUACGGUGGCCUGCGAGGAAUGCCACUGCAGCAGCGUGGGCUCCUUGUCAACGGCCUGUGAUAAGCGAUCGGGACAGUGCGCCUGUCUGGCCAACGUGACGGGCAGACGCUGCGACAAGUGCCGGGCGGGCCACUGGAACCUCACGCAAGGCGUGGGCUGUCACGACUGCCUCUGCGACCCUCACGGAUCCCGGGGUGACGAGUGCAAUCCGUGGACGGGUCAGUGCGACUGCAAGAUCGGAGUGGGUGGCCAGCACUGCAAUGAAUGCACCGAGGGCUUCUUCGGAUUCAGCACCGAGGGCUGCCAGCGCUGCUCGGCUUGCACGGCGGAGGGUCAGGUAUGCGACUCUCACAACGGACGCUGCAUUUGCCCCAAGUUCACCCGCGGAUUGGGUUGUGGGCAGUGCGUGCCCGGCACCUGGGGCUGGCAGGCGCGUCUGGGCUGUCGGGAGUGCGAGUGCGAUCACAUUGGCUCCAUUGGCCAGCAGUGCGCUCCGGGAGACGGACAGUGCCAGUGCCGAGAGGGCUAUGCGGGCAGGAGCUGCGAAUCCUGUGCCGCGGGCUACUUUGGCUAUCCGGAGUGCAGGCGCUGCGGCUGCAAUGCGGACGGCUCUUUCACCCGCUCGGAUGGCUUGAUUGCCUGCGACUCGAAUGGCCAGUGUCCGUGCAAGAGUCUCGUGGUGGGUCUCAAGUGUGACACCUGCAUGCAGAGCACUUUCGGGUUGUCCGCCCUCAAUCCGGAGGGGUGCACCCGGUGCUUCUGCUUCGGUCGUUCCGGUGAGUGCCAGCAGAGCGACCUAUCCUGGGGCCACAUACGCAUGCCCGAGUCCCGGAACCUCAGUGUCCAGCAGAUACGUCCCCAGCACGUGCCGAGCGGAGAGUACGAGUACAUUGUGGUGGUCCAGAUGGAGGGUACAGUUUUCCAUCGCGAAGAUGCGGAGAUACAGCGCAUGAACGACCUUAGCCUGGUGCCGCGAUCGACAGGCAAUGUCUCCAUUGGUGCCUAUGGGCAGUUCUACCAUCCGCUGUACUUCCAGCUGCCGCCUCAGUUCUAUGGGGAUCGCACUAGCAGCUACGGUGGCUAUCUGUACUUCUCCCUCAUCACCGAGGGAGCCCACACUCCGCUGGAGAGACAGAUCCUAGCUCAGUACCCGCUGGUGCAGCUGCACGCCCAUUCCAAGCUCCUGUUGGACUUCUACGAGUAUGAGGAGUUCGAGUACUCCCUGAAUGUGACGCAUCGCGUGCCGCUCCACGAAUCCCUUUGGAAGUAUCACCACAAUAAUCAGGCCGUGGAUCGGGGAACUCUCAUGGCUGCACUUCAAAACAUUCGCCACAUUUUCAUCCGAGCGUUUGCCUUUGCAGAUUUUCAGGAAGUUGUCCUUCAGAAUGUCCACAUGGAUGCGGCCAUCUUUGUGGAGGGCUCUACCAACUUGAUUGCCAAGGGUGUGGAGCGCUGUAAGUGUCCCAAGCGCUUUGAUGGUCUCUCCUGCCAGGACCCUGGACGAUCAUUCUAUCGCUGGCGCAACACCAGCGAUGUGGAUAGUGUCUUCAUUGAGGACCUGAUUGGACGGGCAGCUCCCUGCCAUUGCAAUGGACGCAGCAGCGAUUGUGACAAGGAGUCGGGUGUCUGUCAGAACUGUCGCGCGAACAGUGGAGGAGAUCAUUGCCAGCAAUGCGCCGAGGGCUUCUACGGCGACCCGAACUCCCCGCACGGCUGCCAGGCCUGUCCGUGCCCCGAAACCAAUCGCAACUUUGCUCGCGGCUGCAAUGUCUGGGAUGGCGAAGUGAGUUGUGUGUGCAAGCCCGGUUACACGGGGAGGCUGUGCGAGCGCUGCCAUCCCGGCUACUUCGGCAAUCCCACGCUGUAUCCCAACAGCAGCUGCCAGGCCUGCAACUGCAAUACGGACGGAAUCCGAACCGAGGGCUGCGACUCGGAGACGGGUCAGUGCUAUUGUCGGGAGGGUGUCACAGGCCUCAAGUGCAGCAAGUGUCUGGCGGAACGACAUCAUGUGGUGGACAAUGGAUGCAGAGUUUGCGACAAUUGUACUCUAUUACUCCUGGACUAUGUGGAGUUGGUGGGCCAUAAGCUGCGUCGCGGGCUCCACAACAUGGACCUGACCGGAAUACCUGCGCCGUACCUCAAGUUGUCCGAUUACGAACGAGCCUACGACACCUGGCGAGGGCGGCAGCAGGACUUCAGCCAGGCCAGGAAACUGCUGCAGGACUAUGAUACCGCUGGCGUCGUCAAGCUGGAUGCCCAUGCUGAAAAUAUGAAGUUCCAGUCGCGCAAGGCGCUGUCCACGAUCGGAAAGAGGGAGUUCGCUCUCAAGGCCAUGCAGGAUGACGCUUCGGUGCAGCAACAGGAUGUGGGCCUGGUACGGGCAGAGAUACUUCAGACACUGCUCGAUUUGAGGAGCUACGGGAAGAGUGCCCAGCACCUCAGUCUGCCGACAGCCCUAAAGCAGGCCCGAUUCUAUCUGCAGGCUAUCCAGGAGCACCAUCAGGGAAUUCAGGGCAUCCGCAGCACGAACGAUUGUGCCUGGCGUCAUUUCUACGUCUCGGGCAACGCCUCGGAUGCCGCUUUCGACGAGCGGGGUCGGCUGGAGAUGCUCUGGCGAGAUCUGAACCAGACCAACCAUCGUGUGGUGGACUUGCGACUACAGCUAGAUCGCACCCUGGAGGUGGAGAGCGAGGCGGAGGACAUAGUGGAGCAUGUGCGCAACCUGAAUGGCCAUACGGCCGAGGCGCAUCACGAGCUGAAUGACCUGGACCAGCUGAUUGGAAAGUAUCUCAACCAGAGCUAUCUCGACCAGGGAGAAGAGCUGGCGAGACUCACUCUCGAGCGGCAGUCUCUGCUGAGCGAACAACUGAACCAGCUGGACGGUGCGACUGUUCUCCUGAAUGCCACCCUCGGCGUCAAGUCCGAGCAGCAGCGGGAGGUGCGCAAGCACUGGCUGCCAAAGGCGGAGAAACAUGCAGAUCGUUUGCUGGAGAGGUCGAAUGAGUAUGCUCGGCAGUUCCAGCCCACGAGGAAUGGUGCACGCAUUGCCAUGCUGGCCAGCUCGGCGCAUAGCAACAUAACCAAGGCGAUCAAUGAUGCUCGUCAAGGCUCUAUCCUUGCCAAGGAACGGGUAUACGAUGCCCAGAGAACGCUGUAUCCCAGCGAUGGCAGCUCCAUGAUCGAGCGAGCCAAGCACUCGUUGCACCGCUCCAGGCAGCUGCAGCAGGAGGCACUUAAGCAGAUGCACAAGUCCAACGUGCUCAAAGAGAAGCUGCAUCAGCAGCAGGAGCAGGUGGAGGGCAUCAAGGCCACCAUCUUCGAGUCAGGGCUACGCACCAACAACAUUUCUAGCCAGUUGCAGACCCUCACCGACAGUUCGGCCCGUCGUCAUGCCAAGGAGAGCCUGGAUCUGGCCAGGAGAACCGGCGAGCAGAUGCGGGCCGAACUUCGAAAGGCUAAGGAGACGGAGGAAUCGCUUCAGAAUAUGCGCAAAUCCUUCACCAAGCUCGAGCCCGACUGGGACAUCAAGCUCGGCAUGGCUCAGGAGAACAUAUCGCUGACCAAGACCAAUCUCCGACUGGCCAACGUGUCGCUCAGCUAUCUAGAGCAGCAGGCGGCAAAGGAGCAGCAAGUGUUCGAGUCCUGGAACAAUAGCAUGGCCAAGCAGUUGCAGCAGCUCAGGGACCAGAUAGCCAAGGCGAGACAUGCAGCCCAAGCGAUCGAUGUCUCCCUGGAGUCACUGGGUCCUAAGUGCAUCCGCUCUUAUCUGCCCUCAUCGUAUGGCCUGAGUACCUCGAACAAUUUGCGCCUUAGCUUCGCGUUGGCGAACCACAUCGAGAGCUCGCCCCUGAUCCAAGUGGAGGGUAGUGAGGGACGCCACAUCACCCUGGAGUUGUACAAGCGACGGGUGCGCCUUGUUUGGAAUCUGGGGGGGACCACGGCGACUGUCACCCAUCCCAUGGUGGUGCAGACGCGGGAUCCCAAGUACGACGAUGCCUGGUACCAUGUGGAGGCCAAUCGGACGCUCAAUCUGGGCAGCUUGUUGGUGCGACGGAUGAAUAACUAUGGGGUGCUGACACCCAGCAGUCCGGUCACCAUCACUGGCUCUACAGACACGGAGCACACGCGCUUCUAUCAGUCGCGAAACGAUCGCAUAUCCCUUGGUGCCCUCGCCUCGAAGGAUCUGCAGCUGACGCCUGGCCUCAAUGUGGUCGUGCACCAUGUAGAGGUGGACAACAAGCCGCUGGGACUGUGGAACUUUGUGGACAGCGAGGGGCGGUGCGGUGGUUCCAUGAUCGGUGCCCGCGAAUCCUCCGCCUCAUCGACGGCACGUCACUUUAACGGUCUGGGCUAUGCGCAGCUAAUGAAGACCCGUCCCCGGCCAUAUCGCAAGAAUCUGUUCUCUGUGCAGAUGACCUUCCGUACUCUGGACGAGAAUGCGUUGCUCUUCCUGGCGGUUGAUGACAAGAAUAAUCGCUCGGUGUCGGUAACAUUGAGCCGUGGUCGCAUCAUGUUCCGCAUUGACUACGGCGACGAGUCCAAGCUGGAGAUCAACACCACCAAGAAGUACAAUGUGGGUCAGUGGAUUAAAAUUGAGGCCGCCCGCGAGUUCUCGGCCAAACGAAGCACAGAGAACGGCAUGCUCCGCGUGAACAACGAUCGUCCCAUCUCCGGAGCACCUACACUGCCCGUGAACGCACAUUUGCUACCAGAUUUGUCGAAGGCUGUCUAUUAUUUGGGUGGAGUGCCGCCAGGCUUCACAUCAGGCACGACGAAAGCUCCAGGCGCUGAUAAUCCCUUCCUUGGCUGUAUGACGGAUGUUCAGGUGAACGGAGAGACGUACGAUCCCCUAGAGAGCUCCAGCUACUUCGGCGUAGAGCCUUCCUGCAAGGACAUGAUCACAAAAGCUGGGUUCUCGGGGAACGGGUAUCUAGAGCUACCUUCGCAGUCGCUGAGGAAGCGCUCGAAUACUGCCCUGGUCUUCCGCACCCUACAACCGGACUGUCUCUUGCUCCUCUCCGCCUAUCCGCCCGAGGUUCUGGCCGACUACGAUGACAAGGACAUCAAGGGCAACUACUCAAUGAGCCUGGUGGAUGGGCAGUUGCACGUCUGGGUCAACUCUGGCCGCAGCUUUGUCAAGCUGUCUUCCAAUAUCAGUCAGCUGAAUGAUGGUGAACUGCACGUGAUCAACAUGAUAAAAACUGGUCGCCGGCUGGAGCUAAUGGUGGACGAUGAGCUGCAGGAUGUGCGCAGCCUGAGCGGCAAUCCAACGGUCAUUAGUCUCCCCCGGGAGGCGGGAGGUCUCUACAUCGGCGGAGCUCCCCCGCACGAGAGCUUUACGCCGCUGGCGCCCACCUUCGUCAACCUAGAAGGAGCCAUUCGGGACGUUGUUUUCAACAACCGGACCGUGAACUUCAACGAUGCUCUGACCUUUUCCAAUGUCCAGAUCGGACGCAAUGGUCCCCUGAUGGGCAGUCUCAAGGGUGGACUCUACGACGUGUUUCUCAAGACGGAACCGAUGAUCGGGAAGAGUUUCACGGCCACGCCGGAGGGCUGCAAGCGGGUGAGUUGCUAAGGCUGUUUCCUUCUUUUUUGGCUUGGUAUGGGAAAUUGGUGAGGAAAUUGGGGAGAAGAGACUUGGAUGGGACUGCGACUGUAACUGUCCAUCCCCAUCCGCAACCCUGCAUGCAAAUUGUGGCUGCCUAACUCUAUCUUAAACUCAAACUCAAACGUUUCUCUUUGUUCUUAUAGGAUUUUAGUUGCUAAGCAAUUAUGUCAAAGCUGCUACGCUAAAAGCUUCAAGCGCUGCGCCUUAAGAAAGCUCAUUUGUAUACUAAUUUCGCCUAAACAUUAAACACAAACACACAAAACAAAACA